ACCUGUGGAAGGGGCACUUCCAGACAGCUGCUUCCUGGCUUUUUCAGUUGCUUACUCCUUGACCCACAACACUCUCUUCUCUGUCACCCAGCUUCCUGUGUAUUACUUGCAGGCGGAGGGGAUAUUCGUGGGCACCUCCUCCUGUGUCAUAGGACCCGGAUUCUCUCUGGGACCCCAAAAUCCAAUUUCUUACAAACGCUGUUGAUGUGACAGUGUGUGUCCCCUGCCACUGGGAACCGGGGUGUUGCUCUGGAUCUUCUUGGCUCAUGGUUGACUGCAACUGAAGGAGCAACAUACUUGCAAGCACACGGAGACCCAGCCCCUCUGAGCAGCCCGCUGGCUCCUGAGUGCAUCCCUCUUUCCCUCUGCAAUCCCGCCAGCCCGGGAGUUACCUGGCUGCAACCACUGGCCUGGCUGAUCAUGGCCCUGUCUGUGGAGACCGAGUCGCACAUCUAUCAUGCUCUGCGCACUGCCUCUGGGGCUGCCGCCCACCUCGUAGCCCUGGGUUUUACCAUCUUCGUGGCUGUACUUGCCAGGCCUGGCUCCAGCCUGUUCUCCUGGCACCCUGUGCUUAUGUCUCUGGCUUUCUCCUUCCUCAUGACCGAGGCCUUGCUGGUGUUCUCCCCUGAGAGCUCGCUGCUGCGCUCCUUCUCACGGAAGGCUCGGGCCCGCUGUCACUGGGCCCUGCAGCUGCUGGCCUUGCUGUGUGCACUGCUGGGCCUGAGCCUGGUCGUCCUCCACAAGGAGCAGCUCGGCAAGGCCCACCUGGCCACGCGGCAUGGGCAGGCGGGGCUGCUGGCUGUGCUCUGGGCGGGGCUGCAGUGCUCGGGCGGCGUGGGGCUACUCUACCCCAAGCUGCUGCCCCGGUGGCCCUUGGCUAAGCUCAAGUUGUACCAUGCCACAUCUGGGCUGGUGGGCUACCUGCUGGGCAGUGCCAGCCUCCUGCUGGGCAUGUGCUCACUCUGGUUUACUGCCACUGUCACUGGGGUCGCUUGGUACCUGGCUGUGCUAUGCCCUAUCCUCACCAGCUUGGUCAUCAUGAACCAGGUGAGCAAUGCAUACCUAUACCGCAAGAGGAUCCAGCCAUGAACCCUUCACAGCUCAUGCGAUGUUUGGACUUGUCCCUCAGUGGAGAAGAUGGGGCUGGGACCCUCUUGGAUGUUCAGCUGACUGAGUUGGGACACUUCAGGCACUGGUGUAGUCUUGGGUCAAAGACCCAUGUGUGACACUUUUGCUACUCAGGCUAAGUGCUUCCUUUCUCUGCUCAGCGAUCCCAAGGAGCACACGGAUUGUGGUCUGGAUAAAGCUGGGGUUGCAGGAUGGCCUCCCUGACACUGCCAUACACGUUUGUACUGGCACGUCCAGAAGUAGAAAAUGGUAAUAAAGUGAUGGAAAAAGA